AUGAGGCCCAAGCUUGUUGUUGAUUAUCUGGUCUAUGUGACCGUUCGUCUAUUUAUCUGUGCGGUGCAAGCCACGCCUCUCUCGGUCUGUGCUCAGGUCUCUAAAUUCCUGGCCUGGCUCGCCAACGACAUUUUCAAGAUCCGCGGCAAGCUGCUCGACUCGAACUUGAAGCAUGCGUUUCCUGAACUCUCGUCGCAAGAACGCCACAAACUGGCUCGCCGAAGUUGGUAUCACCUUUGUCUAAUGGUGUGCGAAAUCGCCCACGCGCCGCGAAAGCUGCACGACACCAACUGGCACAAGUUCAUCACAAUGAAGAACAUUCACAUCCAGAUCGAGCAGGCCCUCGGCCGCCGUCCGGUGGUGGUGCUGCUCGGACACUUCGGCAACUUUGAAGUGAUGGGCUAUUGCACGGGGAUGCUCGGCUUCCCGACGUACACGGUGGCCCGGCCGCUGGACAAUCCUUUUCUGCAUAAGUAUCUGGAAGAGUUCCGCAGCGCUACCGGGCAGAUCAUUCUGCCGAAGCAAGGAAGUGCUCCGUACAUUGAAGAGGUGCUGAAACAGAACGGCACGUUGGCGCUGCUGUGCGAUCAAAAUGCCGGACCGAAAGGGUGCUGGGUCGAGUUUCUCAAUCGGCCCGCUUCGUACCACAAAGCAAUCAGCGUGUUCUCGAUGACCAGCGGCGCGCCGUUGGUGUUCCUCUAUAUGCGUCGCACCGGCGGCCCUCUGCAGUUCGAGUUCGGCGUCGAAGGAAUCUACGACCCUGCCGAGUGUGACGAACCCAAAGGGGUGAAAGAGGUAACGCAGUGGUACAACGAAAUGCUCGAACGCGUCGUCCGCCGCGACCCGGAACAAUACUGGUGGGUCCACAACCGCUGGAAAGACGACCGCCCCGCAAAGCGCCGAGAAAAAGAAGCCAAACGAAAAGAAGCCGCCAAACUGGCCCAAGCGGCGUAG